UGUAAUUUACAUGUUUAAAAUAGACUUUUAUCAGUUUAGUAACAUGUUUAUAUUCUGGAUUUUUAUUCUCUGUCUGACUUUCAUCGUCUGGACUCCGGUUGAAGGUCAGUCUGAGGUGAUUGGGUCAGCUCAGCCAAUCAUCGCUUCUCCAGGUGAUGAUGUCAUCCUGCCAUGUCACCUGGACCCUGAGUUCAACGUGAAGGGGCUGACGGUGGAGUGGUCGAAGCCCGAUCUGAAGCCCGACCCCUCAGAUCGGCUGAGUCGGGUCGCGUACGUCCAUCUUUACCGGCACAGACAGGAAGUCCCCGACAUGAAGAUCCCAGCGUACCUCAGCAGGACGGAGCUGUUCACAGAUGAACUGAAGCGCGGAAACAUUUCACUCAAGAUCAUGAACGUGACGCUGGCAGAUGAAGGGAGAUACAGAUGUUUGGUUCCCAAGUUGAAGAGCGGAGUGAAGUUUGCAAUUGUUCGACUUGUUAUUGUUGAAUCAAAGUCUGAUGAAACCUGGACAACAGAGACGCCGCUGCAUCUCCAAACUCCUGAUCCAACGGAUGAGCCGGAUGUAGAAGGUGGUCGUCACAGUCGGAGCGCUCUGAUCUCAACUGUGGUGGUUUUCUGUGUCUUACUAAUCUUUGGUGGUCUAGUUGGUGGAUAUUUAUUUAAACAAAGGCGUCAAAAACCAAAUCAUCUGAAGAAUGAUAACGCCUUACUCAAACCAGUCUAGCUGCCUUGCUCAAAGGUACUUUACUGGCUGGUGUUAAAGGAGAUGAGAGCGUUAAACUCACUCUGAUCUUUCUGGGGAUUUCAACCGGACACAUGUGGACUCACUGGAUCAGCAUUAGGGGGGUUUCUACAGUGGAUACAAGCUCAAAUCAUGUGCUGAGAAAAUGAUGCAAGUGCUUCUCAGCUGAAGCUCUUAGAUGGAUCCUGGCUGGAGGAAUGCUGAUCCUCAAAGUGACAUUUAAAAAAAAAAAAGAAGCACCGUCUGACCUAAACACAAUUGAUUCAGGUCCAGAAAUUACAACCUGGAGAAGAACUGUGCCAGAACUCUUAAUCAACAUGAUUGACAGCGGCAGGAUCGCUUUGCAUUGAAAAACUCUGAACAUCUGUGGCAGCACUUUAAACUUUACACCUCGUCCAUCAUUUCCAACUUUAACCUUGUUGGUUGAUGGGCAACCAGAGGCGACCUCAAAGAGACCCACGAAUAAGAAGAGAAAGGUUUCAAUGCUUCAUAAACUUUUCGUCAGGGUCUAAAUAUCCUUCUCUGGAGGAGGAUGAUUAUCAGAUUUAUUUUGUGUUGAACAGUCUUUUCUGGGACUUUCUGGCUCGUCAGAGAAAUACGAGUUAAAAACGUUUAAAUAUGAACUCACUUGAUGGAAGAAAGUCUUAUUAGCAACAAGCUUGGGGAGGGAGAAACGUCAAACUGCUUUAAAGUUUUUUGUGACUUUACAGCCACCUGAUUUUUUUUUUUCCAGCUUUUAAAGUUGCAAAGAUUUUCUUUCAUCCAUUGACUUUGAUAUUUUCAACAUUCUUCCACUGAAACAUUUUCUGCUCUGAGAUUUAACUGAAAGUUCCAAGAAAUAUCAACACAGGACUGUGAUAUGUAGUAAAAAGAGGAUUUUGCUGCAAUUUUCAACAUUUUGUGACGUUACUGUGAUCUGAGCUCCAGUUUACUUAACUAUAACUGGAGGAAGAAUAUUGUUUUUAUGUAUUUAUGUUAAGUGAUCCUGAACAUUACAACCAAGAAAUUUCAUUUCUUUCGACUGUUAUAAAUCCUAAUUAACAUAAAAAAUACAGAAUAAAAUAUAGAAUUUGAGUUUUGGCACAUGUGAGUUCAGAGCUGAAUUUUCCUCAUAAAGUUCAUUUCAAGUUAAAACGCUCUCCGCUCCCUUAACAUCAACUGUCAAAGUACCUUUGAGCAGGGCAGUUAUAUAUUCUCAUAUUAUUCAUUUCAAUGAUUAUUAUUUCUACAAUAAAAGAUUUUGUUAAAUGUUGAUCAUUAAACUACCUUUUGCACUUUAAAACAGUUAUUGUUACCUCUUGUCAUGCUGGUGUGACACUUGAAAAGAACAAAUCAAAGUACAUUUGAGUUUUUUUCAUCUAUUAAAUUCUUUUUGGGGAUGUCAUUCUGUUAUUGUGACCUGUAUUACAAGGACAUUUUUCAAAUUUUACAUUCUUUAAAAUUUGAAAUCUUUAAAAUCACCACUGUUAGAUGAAUAAAGUAGGUACAAGUUGUCAAAUAAAUCAUAUUUUUAAAUGA